AGGAGAGAGAGAGGCCUUAGAGAGAGAAAGAGAAUGUCGUCGACGGUGCUGGAGGUGACGCGGGCGGCACACGAGGAAGUGGAGCGGUUGGAGCGGCUGAUAGUGAAGGAGCUCCAGAAUGACCCUGCCUCCAACAAAGAGCGCUUGUAUCAGAGUCACCGUGUGCGAAACAUGAUCGACACCAUUACUUCCACCACUGAAAAGCUUAUUGGGGUAUAUGAAGAUAACGACAAUGCAAGGAAGGACGAGAUUGCUGCACUCGGAGGCCAAACCGCCACUGGAAUUAACGUUUUUAGCGCCUUUUAUGAUAGACUUAAAGAGAUACGAGAGUAUCAUAGGAAGCACCCAGUUGCUCGUGUUGUUGACGCCAAUGACGAUUAUGAAACACUUCUCAAUGAGGAACCUCAAAUUGAGUUUAGUGGAGAGGAAUCACUUGGUCGAUACCUAGACUUGCAUGAAUUAUAUUAUCAGUAUGUCAAUUCUAAGUUUGGAGAGCCAAUUGAGUAUUCUGCAUACCUUGAUGUUUUCUCAGACACAGAUAAGAUUCCCCGCAAAAUGAAAAUGACCAGGCAGUACCGAGAAUAUUUGGCGAAUCUUUUGGAGUAUCUGUUAUACUUUUUCCAGCGGACAGAACCCCUGCAAGAUCUUGAUCGAAUUUUGUCAAAGGUAACAACUGAAUUUGAAGAAAGUUGGGUUGUUGGAAAGGUACAGCGAUGGGAAAAUGACAAUCAGGAAAAUGGACAUGUACUUGCUGAGCAUGCUCCCAUUGAUCUUGAUUAUUAUAGUACAAUUGAAGAAUUGAUGGAAGUCGGCCCUGAAAGGUUAAAGGAGGCACUGGCUGCAUUGGGGCUUAAGACUGGUGGUACUGUUCAGCAACGCGCAGAGAGGCUCUUCCUCACAAAGCACACACCUCUUGAAAAGUUGGACAGGAAGCAUUUUGCUAAGGGUGCAUGUGGUGUAGAAAAGAAUGGGGUUGCUGCAGUUCCACAAGAAGAUGGAAAUUCUAAAGAAAUUGCAUUGAUGGAAGCCAAAAUGACAAAACUUUGUCAUUUGUUAGAGGAGACAAUUGCUCGAACAAAAGACAAUGUUGUAAAGAAGCAAGCCCUAACAUAUGAGGAAAUGGAAGCAGAACGUGAGGAGGAAGAGACACAAGAGGACUCUGAAAGCGAAGAUGAGGAGCAGCAGAUAUAUAAUCCCCUAAAAUUACCAAUGGGAUGGGAUGGGAAGCCUAUACCUUACUGGCUGUAUAAGCUACAUGGUCUGGGUCAGGAAUUUAAGUGUGAGAUAUGCGGGAACUACAGUUAUUGGGGGCGUCGGGCUUUCGAACGACAUUUUAAAGAAUGGCGCCAUCAACAUGGGAUGCGGUGUCUUGGUAUACCAAAUACUAAGAAUUUCAACGAAAUCACAUCAAUUGAGGAAGCAAAGGAACUUUGGAAGAAGAUACAGCAAAGACAAGGAGUGAACAAGUGGCGCCCAGAUCUUGAGGAAGAGUAUGAAGACAAAGAAGGCAACAUCUAUAAUAAGAAGACAUACACUGACUUACAGCGCCAGGGACUGAUAUGAGAAAACACAAUUUUGAAUGUUCCUCUUUUCAAGUAGUCUCUUCCCCUGGUGUGUGUGUGUGUGAAGUGGAAGUAGAAGCAGUUUGCUUUCUACAGAGUUGAUGGGGGAAAUCGUUGUUAUCUAUAAGCAAAUAUUGUGCACUACCAGGGAGAAGAGCAGGGGAUAAUAGGACAAUGAGCAAUAUUUUGUAGCUUAUGUUGUACUUAAUGAUCGAUACUCUAACCAGGAGAAGAAACAAAUAUUGCCAAUGAUGUUGCAUAGUAUUAAAAAGAUUUUGGGUGUCAGUGGCCUACUAAUGUCUAUUUUAAUUGGAGACUGAGUGAGAUCUUGGCUGCAGGUACAUUUGGAAUCUGAUUUUCAUGAAGUGUCAUUUAUGGGAA